AUGACAAUGGACGUUCAAAAUAAUUACCAAAAUUAUAAAGAACAAUCUCCUGACUCGAAAGAGACUAGUUUGAAUAUUGAAAGUGCUAAAACUUCGCAGAAUAUAAAAACAGAUAUGGCAUCAACUGUGCUCAAUCAAGGAAAGGCAUCAAAACGUUCUUUCGAUGUAGCGUUUUUAAUGAUGCCCGACGAAAAAGUUCGCCAUAUACAACCUGAGAGACAACUACGAGUUUCCAAACAAUUAUUUAAUACAGAGGAGUGGGAACCGUCGAAGAGGAUGGCAGACAUUUACAAACACAGCGAUUAUUCUAACGACAACACACUGGAUUCUAAAGAUCAAGACGAAGACCGAGGACGUAUGAACAACAAUAUAUCACCGGGCUUUGGUUCAGAUGUUAACAUCGAUGUUGGUACAGACGAGUAUCCGAGUAAGUCCAUAUAUUGCAGUGAUUCUGAUACAUCUGAUCAAUCGAGGAGUCGACCUAAUUCCAACGAAAGUGCAGCGCGGCAUCCAAAGUUCCUGCCUGAAUACAAGAAUAAAAUAUUUGAUGACCCUACUCUCAUCAGCAUACAGUCAAGAGCAAGAUUUGAAAAUCGAUUUGGAGAAAAAUCUCAUGAGAUGUCGCCAAAAAGUGCUUUCACCAAAGUAUCAAACUUCACUAUCCGUUCACCAAAUCCAUCAGUCAGUCCUGAUAAUCUUCUCUACCAGAAUUCAGUAAGUCCACCACUAUCUGCUUCUACUCCACCGAGCUACAACAAAUCGAGCUUCAAUAACCUCCUGUCGCCUGCACAUUUAUUGAAUGGCCACAACUUUUUCAAAGGACCAAAUGUUCCUUCUACGUCUCCAAAUUAUCCUGAAUCAAGCCCCGUUCAAAGAACUAGUGGAUCCUUUAAAGCGAUGGAAUAUCAAGGAAAACAAGAUUCGAAGGGACCGCAAAUGUCACCUAAUAAAAUGAAUUUUUUGCCCUUUAGACCAGAGUUAUCUUACCUGCAGGCGGGACCGUCAUAUCCUUUUGGUGUGCAAAAUUUCCAGCCUCCGAACUCUGAUUUUAUCAAAUUUUCUGGACCUCCACGGGAGCCUGUGAACCCUUUGAUUGCUAAUCCCGCUGCAGCAAUUCUAAGUACCCUUUUACCGUCUACUAUCGCUGCAUUUUCAUUGCCUGCGCAGAACGUGUGUGCCAAAUGCAGCAUAAGUUUUAGAAUGACGUCGGACUUAGUUUAUCACAUGCGGACACAUCAUAAAAGUGAAUCUACUGCCGAUCCGCACAGGAGGAAAAGAGAAGAGAAAUUGAAGUGUCCCGUUUGCAACGAAAGUUUUAGAGAGAGACAUCAUCUAACCCGACAUAUGACGGCUCACCAGGAUAAGGACGGCGAUUUGGAUGACGUAUCCCCUACUCAGAAUUAUAAUAAGAAAAGCAAACAGUUUUACCCCCAUGGAGGCCCUCUACUUCAUAAAUAA